CUCUCCCUUUAAAGAAAUUGAUACAAGAUGCAAUUAUUAUUUUAUGCUACUGCAUUUUUCAGGAUAGAGGAAGUACUGCAUUAUUUACUCACAAUUUUUUAUAUGAAUGAUUAUCAUAUAUUAGCAUAUGCGCUAAGCUGCUAAAUUUAAUGAGCGCCAAUACACUGGUGUAGAACGGCACUGUGUCAUGCAGGUUUGGAAGUUUUUAUUUCAAGCCACAAGCUUUAUUGAAUCAUGUGCAGUACAUUUUCCUGGAAGAUUACAUUCUAGAGCAGUUAUAAUUGAUUGUCAAAUAGAACAUAAUGUGCCUAGUAAUGUCAUCUUCUAAACAAACUAUAAAACAAAAAAAAGGUAUUGUGCACAGCGUGAAAUCUUACUUUCUGUCGCUGACCAAUGAAAAGUGUCCACUCCUACCGUUUUUUGCAACAAUGCUAGAAGUGAAUGCUGUUUAUUGGUCUGCGAUGUUGUGCGACAAGCAAUGUAAAGUCUUGACUUGUCGCAGACAACCCAACUGCACACGUUCCUAUUUCCGCUGAUCUUUCUGCUGAAAAGAAAGUGGUUGCUACCUCCUCCAAGGUUCUUUGUGCGUUAGCUGGAUUACUGAAAAACACCUUUGUGGAGAGGUGUGCAUCUUGACCUCAAUGUAGUGGCCCUACUCCUCUACCGAGGAGUGAUUAAUUAAAAUGAAGUAAUCCUGCUAUCACACUAACACACACAAAAACAAAACUUUGACUUAUUCUUCACUUUUGUUAGUUUGGCGCCAAAAGUCUUAGUCCACCAUUAUAAGCAAAGUAAUAAUGAACAGUUGUGUACCAUACUGAUUGAAAAGACGAUUAAAACAACGCUUUUGGUGGACUAAAGUUUUUGCACUGUACUGUUUACGUGACUGAAAGUUACGAAAGCCUCACUUCCACCAUCCAACACAGGUCAGUUCAAUUUGAUAUGUUGCACAUUUAUCCAGGUUUCCCUUAAAACGUCACCAGCAAGUAUAAAUCCUACUGUGAAAGAGCACAACAUAUUUUAUCCAUACCAAACUCCCUUUUUAGGGCUAUCGUUCCACUUAGCAGUAUACCCAACAGUAGAAAUUAUAAGAUUUGUCAUUGUUUCCAUUGUAAAAGGUCCCCAAAUCAAAAUGAAAUCGAUCUGAGGCAAACUGACCUGUUCCAUUCAGUGGAAAUGCGGCUUUGGUGUACACCGUGUCAACUUACACGAUCUUCCUUUUGACCUACUAAUGAUCUCCUCUUUGGUGGCCCUGUAGUUCACAGAGGUGACUACACGUAUAGAGGAGGGUAUCACUACCACUACCAGCCACCAAGGAUCCCCCCACCGGUAGUGUAUCGACCUUUUCCUUAUCGAUCUCCUCCAGUGACUUACCACAGACCCGCAGUCCCUAUGUGGCCCUAUCAGCACACAUUCAAAGGGCAAGUGGUUCCACAGGUGCCCCAUAUUUACAAAGGUAUUGCCCCACCUUUAGUGCACCACCCCCACCAUUACGCCAUCGGCCAUUAUUACCCAAAAGGCCCGUGUCCGACAAAACCUAACCCCACAGUGGCAACUAGACCUGCGGUGUACCUCCCAAUUGUCCCUCCCACUCAACACCGAACCACGGCGCCAACCGCGCCACCGACUCUGCCACCAACAUCAACCACAAGCGCCACGCCAGCAGUGACCACCACUCUGGCACCAGUCGAGUCCACCACUCCAGAGCCGGUCAGUACCCAAAGCGGCUUCACCACCACCAUCAGUCCCGUGAAGACAGAGUCACCAGAGUCUCAGUGCACACGCCGCCUUUUGGACCUGGUCUUCAUCAUUGACAGCUCGCGUAGCAUCCGCAUCAGCGAUUUUGAAAAGGUCAAGACGUUCCUGGCGCUCAUGGUCGACACUCUGGCGGUUGGCUCGGACGCCACCAGAGUGGCCGUGGUCAACUACGCCAGCACAGUCAAGAUCGAGUUCCUGCUCAAAGACCACUUCAACAAGCCUGACAUGAAGAAAGCUAUCUCCCGCAUCGAGCCGCUGGCCGCAGGCACCAUGACAGGCAUGGCCAUCAAGACGGCUGUGAACGAAGCCUUCACCGAGGAGUCCGGAGCCCGGCCUCACUCUCGGAACAUUGCCAAAGUGGCCAUCAUCGUGACGGAUGGGAGGCCUCAGGACCACGUGGAGCAGAUCUCCGCCGCGGCUCGGGCCGACGGCAUCGAGAUCUACGCUGUCGGGGUGGACCGUGCGGACAUGGCGUCUCUGAAGCAGAUGGCCAGCUUGCCUCUGGAGGACCACGUCUUCUAUGUGGAGACCUACGGUGUUAUUGAGAAGCUCACCUCCAAGUUUCGGGAGACCCUGUGUGGUCUGGACCCCUGCGCCACCGGAAAUGACUGCGAGCACAUUUGUGUCAACAACAUUGACUCUUAUUACUGCAAGUGCCGCACCGGUUAUAUCCUGAAUGCCGACCGGAAAACAUGUUCCCAGAAACAGGUGAGGGGAGAGGUGGUGGUGGAUCCUUGCAAGUGUGAAGCCAGACUGGCUUUCCAGAAGCAGACGCAGGUGGUCCUGCAGCAGCUUACUACCACGCUUGCUGAUUUCGCCCGGAGAAUUUGGCGCCUUGAGGAGGCACUGGGCCGUGCGUGACGGUCAACAUAGGGGCUGCCAGUGGGUGUCGGAGACAUGGACUGCUGCAACGCGCACAUGUGCUGUUCCAUUGCUGCUGGAUGGAUGUCAAGCAUGCAAUAGACUGUCAUGGACCACAGAAAAACUGAUCGCAUCUACAGUGACAUCUACUCUCUCAAACAACUGUGUCCGUCAUUCAUCUUUACUGAAACACCACAGACAACUCAAAUCUGCAAUACAUUUUGUGACCUCAACUGCAUACAUGGGCAUAUUUUGUAUAUAUACUGUAUUGUUUUUUUUUCUGAUUUCGUUUAAAAUAUCAUGAAAAUGCGGUACAUUGUGUUAUAUAAAUUUGCAUUGAAACUACGUAACUGUUAAUGCGAACAUUAUUUUUAAAAAAUAUAUAUUACAGCUGAUCGCUUGAUAUCAUGAGUUUGAAUAAAAAACGAUGAGCUCA